AUGAUGUUACCAAGCCCGGUCACCUCCACCCCUUUCUCAGUCAAAGACAUUUUGAAUCUGGAGCAGCAGCAGCAACAGCACUUCCACGACGCGCACUUGCAGGCGGACUUGGAGCACCACUUCCACUCGGCGCCCUGCAUGCUGGCCGCCGCCGAGGGGGCGCAGUUUUCUGACGGAGGGGAGGAGGACGAGGAAGAAGAGGGAGAGAAACUGUCCUAUUUGAACUCACUAGCUUCAGCCGACGGCCACGGUGAUUCAGGGCUCUGUCCCCAGAGCUAUGUCCACACGGUCCUGCGCGACUCGUGCAGCGGGCCCAAGGAACAGGAAGAGGAGCCCGAGGUCGUGAGGGACCGGAGCCAAAAAAGCUGCCAGCUGAAGAAGCCCCUGGAGGCGGCAGGAGACAGCAAGGCAGCGGAGGAGAGCGAAAGGCCAAAGCCGCGCAGCCGCCGGAAGCCCCGAGUCCUCUUCUCCCAAGCCCAGGUCUUCGAGCUGGAGCGCAGGUUCAAGCAGCAGCGGUACCUGUCGGCGCCCGAGCGCGAGCACCUCGCCAGCAGUCUGAAGCUCACGUCCACGCAGGUCAAGAUCUGGUUCCAGAAUCGCAGGUAUAAGUGCAAGAGACAGAGGCAGGACAAGUCCCUGGAGCUGGGCGCGCACGCGCCUCAGCCGCCGCCGCGCCGCGUGGCCGUGCCGGUGUUGGUGCGGGACGGCAAGCCGUGCGUCACGCCGGGCGCUCAGGCCUACGGCGCGCCCUACGGCGUGGGCGCCGGCGCUUAUUCCUACAACAGCUUCCCCGCCUACGGCUACGGGAACUCGGCCGCCGCCGCGGCUGCUGCGGCUGCCGCCGCCGCCGCUGCCUACAGCGGCAGCUACGGCUGUGCGUACCCGGCAGGCGGAGGAGGCGGCGGGGGCGGCGGGGCCUCCUCGGCGGCCGCCGCCAUGCAGCCCGCCUGCAGCGCGGCGGGAGGCGGCCUCUUUGUGAACGUCAGCAAUCUGGGCGGCUUCGGUGGCGGCGGUGGAGCGCAGCCGCUACACCAGGGCGCCCCGGCUGGGGCAGCGUGCGCGCAGGGCACCUUGCAGGGCAUCCGGGCCUGGUAG